CAGAGGUACCGCGGGGCCCCGGGAGGUUCGGGCCGGGGCCGGGCAGGGGCUGGUCCGGUCACUCCUGGCCGGGACGCCCGUCCCGCUGCUCGUUCCCGGCAGAAACCCGGGGUUGUCAGUGGCCGUCAGAGGGGGGGGGGGCCUUCAGCCAGCGGAGAGAAUGGCCACUCUCGAAGGUUCAGAGGCCAAAGCCGCCCUGGCCUCGACACCCGUCCGAGGAGCUGGAGAUGGGAUGGAAAUGGAGGAGCCCCCCAAGCUGGAGGUGACCCCGGGGGGCCCGGCUCCCAGGCGCCACCUGCUCCCGAGCCCCCGGAAGAGGCCGGGCCCCGCCGACAGCCCCGGCGUCGUGCAGCUGGGCCCGGUGCCGGCCGAGGGCUCCCUGGAGGUGGAGGCCGUCCGCAUCUGGGUCCCCAAAGCCGCCAUCACGCACCACCUGCCCGCCGCCAGCGCCAAGGCCCCCGCGCUUGGGCGCCACCGAGGGGAGGGCCCGGCCGAGGGCUCGGCCGCCCCGGGGACGGAGCUCUCCGACGCCCAGAGUCACCUGGAGAGGCUCGAGGCCUCGGAGCGGAGGCUGCGUGAGGACAGGGAAGGGCUCGCCAGCCAGCUCCGGGUGCAGACGGAGGUCAACCGGGAGCUGAAGAAGCUGCUGGUGGCGUCGGUCGGGGACGACCUGCAGUACCACUUCGAGCGGCUGGCGCGGGAAAAGAACCAGCUGCUGCUGGAGAACGAGGCGGCGGGCCGGCGCGCGGGCCAGCUGUCGGAGCAGCUGGAGCGCCUGUCCAUCCAGGGCGACGUGUGGCGGAGCAAGUUCCUUGCCAGCAGGGUCAUGGCCCACGAGCUGGCGGGCGCCCGGGCCACGCUGCAGCGGCAGAGCCGGGAGGCGCAGGGAGCACUGCAGGACCUCCUGAGUGAGCGGGAGCACUUCCGGCAGGAGAUGGCGGCCACACACAGGCUCCUGGAGGAGCUGCUGGUGUCGCUGCAGUGGGGGCGGGAGCCCACCUACCAGCCCGGCCCCCCACCACACAGCACGGCCGAGCUGGCCGCCGCCAACCACGGCCUGGCCCGGGCCAUCAGCGCCCACCUCCUGGGCGACGUGCGGCCCCCCAAGGGCCCGGGCGCCACUGAGUUCAGCAGCAGCCCCGCCGAGAAGAUGGCUGAGACGGUUCUGCGCCUCCUGGACCCGGCCGGCCGUGCGGGAAGCCCCCUGCUCAGCCCGCGCCCCGAGCCCACCCCUGCCGCCCUGCUGGCCUCCAAGAACAUCGGCCGCUUCCACCCCUACACCCGCUAUGAGAACAUCACCUUCAACUGCUGCGCCCACUGCCGCGGCGACCUGCUGGUGCUCUGACCCGCCUGCUCCCGCGUGUGCGCGCGCGUGCACGGGGCACGGCCGGGCGGGGGGCCACGGGGGAAGGGCCAGGUGUAGGCGUCUGCCUGGCUUGCAGCUGACCUGGUUCCAUCCUGGCUCCACAUCAGUCCCUCAGGCCCUCCAGGAGUGAACCCCAGUGCUUGCACACUCACACACACCCAGUUUCAGGUAUUAACUGGUUAUGAGCCCCCCCCCCCCACACACACACACGGUUUCAGAUAAACAGAAAGCAUUUAGUUACACACACAGAUGUUAUUUGGCUUGCUAUACAAAGCAUUUAGUUACACACACACACACACCAGAGUUUCAGUAUCUAGGAAUCACACACAAACACACAGUAUCUGGGUAUCACACACACACACACACCAGAGUUUCACUAUCUGGGUAUCUUUCACACACACACACACACACACACACACACACACAGAGUUUCAGUAUCUGGGUAUCACACACACAUACACACACAGUUUCAGAUUCUGGCUCGCUACACAAAGUGUUUAGUUACUUACACCCCCCCCCCCAGAGUUUCAGUAUCUGGGUAUCAAACACACAGUAUCUGGGUAUCACACACACACACCCACCCCCCAGAGUUUCGGUAUCUGGGUAUCACACACACACAGUUUCAGAGUCUGGCUUGCUACACAAAGCGUUUAGUUACUUACACACACACACACACGCCCCCCCAGGGUUUCAGAUAUUUUGCCCCACAAAGCAUUUUUAGUCCCUCUUCCCUUUGGGGCUGGAGGGCCUUUGAGGGAAGCGUCACUUCCUUUUCGGUGACUGGGGCUCUCGAGGGAGUCUGCAGAAAUACUCUGGGCAGGGGGACAGUGUUGAUCAUAAAUCACAGAUGCUGUAUGACAGAUUUCAGACUGAUUGGCAGGGGCCAGAGGGACAGCGCGGCGGGGCAGGCUUUUGCCUCGAAGGAGACCAGCGUCAGUUUGACCCCGGCCAGGAGGGACCCCCGGGCACACAGCCAGGGAUACGGCCGAGCACCUGGGGGUGGCCCCCCCAAAACGAAGACUAUUGCAGCCCCCUAACAGCGGCCACAGCGACAUUCACCCGCACAUGGGGUCUGGUGCAGGGGUCCAUGUUUGAAUGGAUUCAACUUGAAGCAGAUUCUCUGCUCAUUUCAGCCAAUAGCGCGUUACAGGAAUAUUCCGUUCCAUAUUUAUAAAAUAACGGAGAUCUUUCUGAAAAUACUGUAUGAACUCAAUGAUAAGUGUAAUCCAGUAAUUUAUAUUAGAGAAUAUAUAUUGUUAUCAUGGGCUAUAAAUACCCUUUUGUAGGUCUUUAAAAGUAUCCACAAAAUAUACCAAAGGAUAUGAAUUCUAUUUGUGGACAUGUCUAGCCACAGAAAAAUCUUUUGAGAGUCAGAUGUCGUCAAAAAUAAUGUAUUUUAAUGUCAAGAACACUUUGGUUUGAUUCCAUCUAAGUUAUAUUUAUAGUUUCAAGUGGCAAUAAAUUUCUCGGCAAUAAAUUUCACUAUUUUAAGCACGUCUUUUGGAUGGCGUUUGUUUAGUUCAGAACGAGGUACUUCACGUCUUCCUCUUGUUUCUCCCCUGCAAAUCGAUUCCUCCACCUUUCCCUUUAGUUUCCUGGGUUGAAAACGUAGCUGAGGGGGCCAGAAUAAUAAAGCAAGAAGGAUAUUUGCCUUGUGCACAGCUGAUCCUGUUUGAGCCCCACCAGGGAUGAGCCGUGAGCACAGAACCAGGAGUAAGUCCUGAGCACAAUCCAAGUCUGUGCCCCCUCCCCC